AUGAUCUCUGCUGCGAUGUGCAGCAGAGAGACGCUGCAAAACGUUCAGUGCAACAGUCACAUCAGGAGCCCCGUCAGGGUCGAGCCUCGCAGAAACUCCAUCCCCCCGACGCAGACCCUCAAAGCCAAACAUCUGCUGGCAUACCUGCCCAGGACGCAGCCCGAGUCCAUCCAUCACACCGCUCACACUCACCAGGUGAUACCUAAAUCAACUGCUUCUUCCAUGAUGACCUCAGAACGAGCUUCUCUCAUCCACAACUUGCACAAUGCUAACUGCUCACCACCAUCCCAGGAGGUCUCUCGCUCCCAGACCCAGACUCCCUGCAGCCAGUCCUCUCAGGCUCUGACUCUGACCAAGCAAGAGCCCCCCCAACAGCACACUAUCUCAGAAGCUGCUCUGGAACCAAUAGAGGAGACCCCAAAGCCUCAGCGUUCCCAUCGCAGCAGACACCUAAAGCGUUUCAGCUCCAGGUGGCAGUCGAGAGGCUCCACUGGCAGCAGCAACGCUCCUGUCUCUGCGAUAGAGAGGCUGGCCAUUGCAAAGAGUCACAAGAAGCGCUGCAAGCUGCUGGGCGAUGAGGACUCAUUGCACAUCAUUGCCAGCAAUCAGCGCCAGCGUUAUGUCACCAAGGACGGCAAGUGCAGGGUCAACCUGGGACCUAUUGCAGACAAGAGUCGCUUUAUCUCAGAUAUUUUCACCACAUUAGUGGACCUCAAGUACCGCUGGUUCCUUCUCGUCUUCACUAUGUGCUACAUUCUCACGUGGGUGGCCUUCGGUGGAAUCUACUUCUUGGGUGCCUGGCUGCGUGACGACAUUGCACACGUUCACGACCCGCUGUGGAGGGCAUGCUUCGAGAACGUCGACAGCUUCCUUUCAGCCCUGCUGCUGUCACUGGAGAGCCAGAGGACUAUUGGGUAUGGCUCCAGGAUGGUGACAGCUAACUGCCCCGAGGGUACGAUGAUCCUGAUGGUCCAGUCCAUCCUCGGCUCCAUUAUCGACGCUCUGAUGGUGGGCUGCAUGUUCGUUAAAAUCUCCCGGCCACAGCAGAGAGCCCAGACGCUGAUCUUCAGCAAGCACUGCGUCAUCUGUGAGCGCGACGAGAAGCUGUGCAUGCUCUUCCGCAUUGGUGAUCUGAGAGAGAGCCACAUGGUGGACGCCAAGAUCCGGGCCAAGCUGAUCAAGUCCAGGCAAACCAAGGAGGGCGAGUUCAUCCCACUGGAGCAGUCAGAAAUCAACCUGGGUUACGACACCGGGGGAGACAGGCUGCUCCUGGUGGAACCUCAGACCAUUACCCACGUCAUCAAUGACAGCAGCCCCUUCUGGGAGGUGGGAGCCGAGCGUUUGAAGAGGGAGACCUUUGAGAUCAUUGUCAUCCUGGAGGGCAUCGUGGAAGCAUCGGGUAUGACAUGCCAGGCGAGGACAUCCUACACAGAGGACGAGGUCCUCUGGGGCCACCGAUUUGAGUCGUGCAUUUCCUUGGAGAAAGGAGCGUUUCGUGUGGACUACGGUGCAUUUGACAAAGUCUUUGAAGUCCAAAUGUGCCGGCUCAGCGCAAAAGACAGGAGCACAGCAAAGGAAGAAGAAGCCGUGUUGUAG